AAGUCAGUUUGCUCUCCUGGCUAUAUAAGUGAAAGCUGCUGCUCCUCUGAGGUGCUUUCCUGGUCUGCUGCCUCCAUCUGACUCUCAGCCAUGAUCCUCCUGACCACAGUGCUGAGCGCGCUCUUCUUCUGCGCUCACAGUUUCAAUCCUCAGGUUUUUCUUAGAGAAAAUGACAGAAAUCGUGCUGCCCCCAUUGAAGAGGAGGAUCUCAGCAUCUCCACUCUGCUGGAGAAGGCCAACGUUAACGUUGGAAAGAACUUGGACGACCCUCUGGUGAUGUUUGGAGACAUAGCGGUGCCCACAGGUCUUCAGAAUGCAGAUCCCUGCACAGCAAGAGGCUGCCUGUGGCCCAAAAGCAGUGAUGGCAAUGUCUAUGUGCCUUUCCGCAUCUCUGGCCAGUUCUCCAGUAGAGAACGAAACCUCAUCACCCAAGGCCUGCAGUCGUUUGAAAGCUCCACCUGCAUCCGCUUUACACCUCAUCAGAACCAGAGGGACUUUGUAGACAUUCAGUCUCGCAGUGGGUGUUGGUCAUUUGUGGGACGCCGUGGCGGCGGUCAGGUGGUGUCACUGAUGCGCAAUGGGUGUGUGUUCCUGGGUACCAUCCAGCACGAGCUGCUCCAUGCUCUGGGCUUCAACCACGAGCAGACACGCUCAGACAGGGACACCCACGUCCGCAUCCUCCUGCAGAAUGUGAUAUCUGGACAGGAGCACAACUUCCGCAAAAUCGAAACGAGGAACCUGGGCACCCCCUAUGACUACAACUCUAUUAUGCACUAUGGAAGAUACGCUUUCUCUAGAAAUAGAGAGCCAACCAUCGUUCCCAUUCCUGACCCAAACGUCGCCAUCGGCAGAGCCACCCAGAUGAGCAACAAUGACAUCCUCAGGGUCAACCGCCUUUACGACUGCAGAGGUGCAAAGUAAAGACGUGGGGUAUGCAGCUCUCCCCGGCGCUUUCAAGGCAUGCUUUUGUUAAAUGCCAGCUUAAUCCACAUGAUUUUCUGAUUUCAUGUCAAAUGAAAAGGCAAAACCAGCAGCUCCUCUUUCACUUUGACCUCAAAAAGUCUUGAAGUAGUAGAAUAGCAGACGUGAAUAAAGAUGUCAAAUUUUGUCAAUU